UGAGCCUGCAGCAGCAGCAGCAGCAGCAGCAGCUCGGUGCGUCUGUCUGCAGCUCAACACUCUUCCAUGUUCUAGCCACCACAACUAUGAGUACAAACUCCUCAACAGCUCUCCACUCCUGGAUCUAUCUUCACUUAUACUCAGAAUAGUGUUUUUUUUUUAUUUGUUUGUUUGUUUUUUUAGGUCAUUACGCAUGUUUUACGCAUGUGCGUAAUUUGGAGAGGAUUGUGGAGGAGGCGCCACUUUGGAGUGACAAUAUGCGCCUCUGCUGGGAUAUGAACCUGAAGGCUUAUGGAAUAUAGCCCGGUGUGUCACAGCCUGUAUGCUCUCUGGUGCAGCAACGUGAAGAAGAAGCUACUCCUGCUCAGCAUCAUGUUUUUAAUCUGGGUUUACAUGCUGUACUCCUGCGUGGGCUACUGCUCCACCAUGCCCAGUCUGGUGGUGAGGACAGAGAGCAGCAGCAGGACGGAUCUGGUGUCCAGACUGCUCGCCAAGCAGCAGCCCUGGGAGGAUAUAGAGAGCGACUACGAGGAGCCGUCCAUCAGGACAGCUGCGUCCAGAGACCUGCUCGAUAACGAGCUGGACAGAGGAGCAGAGGACUGGGAGGAAGAGGAAGAUGAGAAGCUGAAGCAGCAGCAGAGAGCUCCGGAGCCAAGCGCCAUGUCCAGCUUCUCCAACGGAUCCGGGAGCAAGAAGCUGCCGCAGGCUCUCAUCAUCGGGGUGAAGAAAGGAGGCACCCGGGCUCUGCUGGAGUUCCUCCGGGUUCAUCCGGACAUCAGAGCCGUGGGAGCAGAGCCGCACUUCUUCGACCGCAACUAUGACAACGGACUGGAGUGGUACAGGGAGCUGAUGCCCAAAACCCUGGAGGGCCAGAUCACCAUGGAGAAAACCCCCAGCUACUUUGUGACCAGAGAGGCUCCAGCCAGGAUAUCCGCCAUGUCCCGGGACACCAAGCUGAUCGUGGUGGUGAGGGACCCCGUCACCAGGGCCAUCUCGGACUACACGCAGACGCUGUCCAAGAAGCCCGACAUUCCCUCGUUCGAGAGCCUCACCUUCAAAAACAGGACUACGGGGCUCAUCGACACCUCGUGGAGCGCCAUCCAGAUCGGCAUCUACGCCAAGCACCUGGACAACUGGCUGCAGUACUUCCCCAUGGAGCAGAUCCUGUUCGUGAGCGGCGAGCGGCUGAUCAGCGACCCAGCCGGAGAGCUGGGCCGCGUGCAGGACUUCCUGGGGCUCAAGAGGAUCAUCACAGACAAACACUUUUACUUCAACCAGACCAAGGGUUUCCCGUGCCUCAAGAAGGCCGAGGGCAGCAGCAAGCCCCACUGCCUGGGCAAAACCAAAGGGAGGACCCAUCCCAACAUUGACCCUGAGGUGGUGCAGAGGCUACGGGACUUCUACCGGCCCUUCAACAUGAAGUUCUACCAGAUGACGGGACAUAACUUUGGUUGGGAUUGAUGUGAAACUCAUAAAAGACAUUUUUUUUUUUGUUAAUUUGUCGAGAAGUUAUUUUUUUUUCCUCUGUAAUUCAAUGGCAAGAUGUGGAGAUAUUGCUAUAUAUAUGUAAAAUGUACAGAAAUCUAUUUUAUAAUAAUUUAUUUUUAUUUCUAAGCAAUUAAUUCACUAAGCUGCCUAACCAUAUUUGUACAUAACAUCUGGCCCACAUGUUGUUUUUAACAUUCCUCAUUUUAAUUUUUACGCUCCUCCCUCGCGGUCCUGUAAACUCAGCGGAUUUACCGGUGCUUCGUAAUGCAGAUAAUCAGCGACGACUGAAGUAGAAAUUAGGGUGGAAAAUGUAAAAGCACCAUAAUACGGGUACAGAGUGCUCACAGAGAAGUGGAGAACACCUAACCACGUUGCAUCCUCAUUUACCUUUUAUCCUUUUCAAACCCUCUCAUUCUUCUAUAACGCGUUUCACUGCAACACAGUUAUCUACAAUCCAAUUUUCCUGCACUGGCGCAGGCCUGAGCUGCAGAUCUCAUGUCCCCGUCCACUCAAUAACAGUUAGAUCAAUAGGCCUAAUUGAUCCUCAUUGUGUCACUCAUGCUUAAAGUAUACAGCUGCCCUUUCAUUCUCAGUGCUCCUGCUGCCUGCUCUAAUGAAUGGCCCAUCCAUCAAACGUUAAAUCCUAUCCCGGACCACAUAAGGGCCCAUGUUAACAUUAUGCUAAUCGGGUAAAGGUAACUGGCAGAUCGAUCGAGCCUCCGCUCUCUAACUCCCCCAUUAGAAGCAGUGUUGGCUCAGAGCCAGCCUCUUGCCCUAUCCGCGCAGUUCAAAGGUCACACAAAGUCUCAAUCAAAUUUCCUUGAGAGGCAUUUGAUUUGUUGGAGGAGAGCGGAGCCGGAGCACCGAGGGUCAGGGCGGGUGUGUGCUUUGUUUUCACGGUAAAAAAAAAAGAAAUCUUUGCGUGAGGUAGCGGAGGCUUAUCUGUCAGGAAUCGAGCGUAAAGAUGGAAAAGAUGACAGGCAAACAACAACUUCGCCUCGCUGAAAUCUUCAAACGCAAGUCCACCAGGCCCCAUCUCAGAUCCCAGAGAUCAAAUGAAGAGGAAAGGUUUUUGUGAAGCACUCUCAGCACAGCAAGAACUGCCUCAGGCAGAGGGACGGGGGUUCGACCUCUCUGGUGUCGUCAGAAAACCUCAUGUGCCAUCGUCCAUGGCCUAUAUACUUUAUGCCUUAUUCACUCUCAUCAUCCUCACACGUCUCACAAUCUCAACUCUCUACUUGUUGCCAAAAAAAACAAAAAAACCCUCUGGGUUGAUAUCACACAGCUUGAGUCGCUAUCUCUGCUUUUCCCCCUGCAUCGCUUCUUUUUGUUUUUUGUUUUUUUUCUGUCUUUCUACUUGAAUUCUUGAUAUGCAAGAGGGAGAAAACGCGUAGUUAUCAUUCUUUGAUGCGCUGCCCCAUCUCUCUGCAGCGGCUAUUAUAAGGGCACAGGGAGGGAGGCGGGCCGUGCUAUGCUAUGUUACGCUGUGCUACGCUAUGCUAUGCAUGCUCAAUGUGGUGAAAAUGCAGGGAUAAUGGGAAUUAGCAUCCAGAGGAGGGCUAAGCAGAGCCCAGGACUGAAUGUACACAACCUAUCCUCACACUAAAAAGACCCUCAAAUCGAUUUUUAAAGGUCAGAUUGUCACUCAGUUUUUAGUUAAAAGUUACAUUUGAUUGUCCCUUGUGAAGAAAAUGUUGUGCCUCUUUAACCAAUACAACACAGUUAGCCUGCUCCUGUCAUUAAGACAGAGAGAAUGACCCCAAUUCAGCUGUUUCUCUUAUUUUCCAGUUGCUGCCGGGUUUAGUCUCAAACCAGUGGUUGGUAGCAGAGGAGAUGGAGGCUUCUCCGAGUGAGAAUUCAUCCCAUCUUCUCUCCUUAGUGCAAUGUUUGAUUAUUAAAAAAAGCAUUUAUGAUGACCUCUGACAUCCUGGAAGGAACGCCCCUGUUAAUUGAUGGAGAACUGCAUUUGAAUUCAAGUUCAUGUAACUGAGGGAAUAUCUGAAAAAACAAACAACUGGCACUCAUGGGUUUACUCCGUGUUGCUGCAUCGGUUACGGUUGAGUUUUAUUCAACCUGUUUUGAGAUCUAAAAAAAAAAAAAUGUUAAAAAUGUUUGUCUUACCCACAUACUAUAAUAUGUAUUUAGACUAGCAGAUCUGUAUGUACAAAAAUGAAAAAGACAUGUAAAUCAAGUAUUUUGUGGUAUGUACAUCAAAGGAAUUAAUUUUACACAAUGCAAAAGCAAAAUGGAACAGAUGUUUCUAGAUGAUUAAAUACUGAACAUUCAAAAUAUUUCUUUGUAUGAAGAAAUAAAUAAAAAAGUAUAUAUUUUACCAAA